GUUUGAUUUGCAGAUAUUCACCUUUUCUUCCCUCCCGCAACAACUUUCAUUUUCUCUCUCCUCGCCGAGAAGAAGAUGAAGAUGAAGAUCAGUCGAAAAUGACAAAUUUGUGUAUCUGAUUUGAUGUUUUUGAUAUAUUAAUGUAUGACUACUUUCUAGUGUCUGGAUACACGACAAUGGAUGGAAUGUUUGGUUGAGGUCGAAGAUCUUGGCGGCAAGUAAGCUUUUCGAAGGAGACAAGUUCGAAGCCUCCAUUACCUUCUUGGAAUCUCUUUCUCUUUAUAUAUAUAUACUUUGCGUUUCUGUUUUAUUUCACGAUUUGAGGGUUUGUAAUGGCGGAAAAUGCGUCGGAGAAGGUGAUUUAUCUCCAUGGAGAUCUGGAGUUGAGAAUUUUUAAAGCUCAGAAUCUACCAAACAUGGAUAUGAUCGUUAAACACUUUAAUCAAUGUUAUAGAGCAUGUAAUGUCUGUGUUACUCCCUCUAGCAAAGAUGACGGUGGAAGGGACGGACAGAAACUUUCUAGUCGUCGCACAGGCAUCACAAGUGAUCCUUACGUAACCGUCUCGGUUCCUCAAGCUACGGUUGCUAGGACGCGGGUUAUUCGCAAUUCCAAACAUCCUGUGUGGAACGAGCAUUUCUAUAUACCGCUGGCUCAUCCGGUUGCUAAUUUGGAGUUUCAGGUGAAGGAUAAUGAUAUGUUUGGUGCUGAUCUGAUAGGAACAGUUAGAAUUUCGGCUGAGAAGAUAGCCACCGGAGUGGUUAUCAAUGAAGGUUAUACUUUGAUUGGGCCAUCAGGAAAAGUGGCUAAGCCAAAUUGCAAACUCUUUGUGGAGAUUAAGUUCACCCCUUGUGCGAAGAACCCAUUGUAUGAUCACGGAAUUGCAGGAGAUCCAGACCAUAGGGGUGUGAGGCACACCUACUUUCCACUUCGAAAGGGCAGUUCAAUGAGGUUAUAUCAGGAUGCUCAUUGUGGUAACGAUGAAUCGAAGCUUCCUAAAAUUGAAUUGGAUGGAGGGAAGAGUUUUGACCAUAACUCAUGCUGGGAAGACAUUUGUUUUGCUAUAUCAGAGGCUCAUCACAUGAUCUAUCUAGUUGGUUGGUCAAUUUUUCAAAAGAUCAAGCUUAUUAGGGAGCCAACAAAACCACUUCCUAGAGGUGGCAAUUUGACUCUUGGUGAAUUGCUCAAGUAUAAGUCUGAAGAAGGCGUGAGAGUUUUGAUACUUGUUUGGGAUGAUAAAACCUCGCAUGACAAAUUAUUCAUUAAUACUGCAGGGGUCAUGCAAACACAUGAUGAAGAGACUAAGAAAUUUUUCAAGCAUUCAUCUGUUAUAUGCGUUCUGUCACCUCGUUAUGCAAGCAGCAAGCUUGGCAUCAUCAAACAACAGGUGGUUGGUACUGUCUUUACCCAUCACCAGAAAUGUGUGCUUGUAGACACGCAAGCAUUUGGCAAUAAUCGAAAGAUCACUGCAUUCUUGGGUGGCCUUGAUCUUUGUGAUGGCCGCUAUGAUACACCAGAUCAUAGGUUAUUUAAGGAUCUUGAUACCGUAUUUAAAGAUGACUUUCAUAAUCCUACAAUUCCUGCAGGAAGGAAGGCUCCUCGACAACCAUGGCAUGACCUGCAUUGUAGAAUAGAUGGGCCUGCUGCAUAUGAUGUUCUUAUUAACUUUGAACAGCGGUGGAGAAGAGCCACAAGAUGGAGAGAAUUCGGACUGCGCAAAAACAUGUCUCAAUGGCACGAUGAUGCUAUGCUAAAAAUAGAACGUAUCUCGUGGAUAUUAAGUCCUUCAUAUACUAUUUCAUCAGAUGGGACAUAUAGUAUUCCAGAAGAUGAUCCUUCUUUGUGGGUUUGCAAUGAAGAUCAUCCAGAAAAUUGGCAUGUUCAGAUUUUCCGGUCAAUUGAUUCAGGAUCUGUCAAGGGAUUUCCUAGAACGUAUGAUGUUGCACAGAAUCAGCAUCUUAUUUGUUCGAAAAGUUUGGUGAUUGACAAGAGCAUUCAGACAGCGUACAUUCAAGCAAUCAGAUCUGCAAAGAACUUUAUAUACAUUGAAAAUCAGUAUUUUAUUGGAUCAUCAUAUGCAUGGCCUUCUUACAAAGAUGCAGGAGCUGAAAAUCUUAUUCCAGUCGAAUUGGCACUUAAAAUCGCCAGUAAAAUUAAAGCAGGGGAGAGGUUUUCUGUAUAUGUUAUCAUACCAAUGUGGCCUGAAGGCGAUCCUAAUUCUGGUCCUAUGCAAGAAAUUCUUUUCUGGCAGAAUCAAACAAUGCAAACGAUGUUUGGAAUUGUGGCACAAGAGCUUGAGUCGAUGCAGCUGACUUGUGCACAUCCUCGGGACUAUCUGAACUUCUACUGCCUUGGAAAGAGAGAAGAAAAUCAUGAAGUAGUAAUAUCUGAUGCUAAUAGUACUACCAACGGAAACAAGAUCUGUGAUUCAGAAAAAUUCCAAAGGUUCAUGAUUUAUGUCCAUGCUAAAGGGAUGGUAGUGGAUGAUGAGUAUGUGAUAAUAGGAUCUGCAAAUAUUAAUCAAAGAUCUUUGGCCGGCACAAAGGACACAGAGAUAGCCAUGGGCUCGUAUCAACCCCAUCAUACUUGGGCUAAGAAGAAGAAACAUCCCCGUGGCCAGGUUUAUGGGUACAGGACUUCACUGUGGUCAGAACAUCUUGGUGGGGUACAGGAAUGGUUCAAGAGACCCGAGAGUUUGGAGUGUAUGAGAAAUGUUAAUCAGGUGGCAGAGGAGAACUGGAAGAAAUAUACAGACGAUAAUUUUAAGGUGUUGCAAGGACAUCUGCUUCAGUAUCCUAUCGAGGUUAGUGUUGAUGGAAAAGUAAGUCCAUUAACAGGUUUCGAAACAUUCCCAGAUGCUGGUGGUAAAGUAGUUGGAGCUCAUUCACAAACUAUUCCUGAUGUGCUGACAACAUAAUGAAUGAAUCCUUUCUCUUAUUCUUUUUUGUUGAUGUUUGUCAAUGAUUCCAAUUCAUUUCUCAGCAUCCUUCACGUGUGUAUUAUGUUGAAUCUUCCGGUAUUGUGUUGGUUGUUGCCGAUCUUCCUCAUCUUCUUAUGUCUUUUAUGGAUUCGGGUUGUUUGUGCACACCAUUUGUGAGUGAAAGCUGUGUUCCAUUGUGUUACUUGUGUAAACAACCAAAAAAUAGGUGUUUUUUGGUUUAUGUAGAAUGGAUGGACUUGUGUACACCAUUUCUUGUUUAAUCGUGAGUGGAAAAGGUGUUUGUUUUA